GCUACGUGUUUUACGUAGGCGACCGCAUGACUACUUGCUCGCAAUUAGGAAGUACUAGCACACAAGCAGUUCUGUUGGGGUGAAGAAGAUGGAGUGGUUGGCACUGUGUAUUUGUUUCCUCCUCUGUGGUCUAUCUCAGAGUAAGCCACAUGCAUUCAAGGACAGGAACUGCAUUGAUCCAGAGGUCAACAUGAACAUUAGUGAGAUCAUCAGGCGCUGGGGCUACCCUGCUGAGGAGCAUGAGGUGGUCACGGAAGACGGCUACAUCCUCAGCGUCAACAGGAUCCCACAUGGCAUCCACAGCAAAAAUGGGGACGAUCCCAGACCGGUGGUGUUCCUGCAGCACGGGCUGCUGGCCGCAGGAAGUAACUGGGUGACCAACUUGCCCAACACCAGCCUGGGGUUCACGUUGGCAGAGGCCGGCUUCGACGUGUGGAUGGGGAACAGCCGAGGCAACACCUGGUCAAUGAAGCAUGUUAGUCUCACCCCUGACCAGGAUAAGUUCUGGGCAUUCAGCUAUGAUGAAAUGGCCAAAAAAGACCUUCCUGCAGUCAUCAACUACAUCACCAAGGCCACUGGCCAGGAGCAGAUCUUCUACGUCGGUCACUCUCAGGGAACAACCAUCGCCUUCAUUGCGUUCUCCACCAUGCCUGAGCUGGCCAGUAAGAUCAAGAUGUUCUUUGCCCUGGCACCUGUGGCCACCGUGUCGUUCACUGAGAGCCCCAUGACCAAGUUGUCCAUCCUCCCUGAGUUCCUCAUCUGGGAUAUCUUUGGCGACAAGAACUUCUUCCCGCAGAACGAUCUCAUCAAGUUCUUUGCAACCAAGUUUUGCUCAAAAGAGCCGCUCAACAUUCUGUGUGGAAACAUCUUCUUCCUGCUCUGUGGCUUCGAUGAGAAUAAUCUCAACAUGACAAGGACGCCAGUGUACACAACUCACUGCCCUGCUGGAACCUCAGUGCAAAACAUGGUCCACUGGGCCCAGGCUGUGAAACAUGGGAAGCUGAUGGCUUACGACUAUGGCAGAAAAGGAAACAUGGAACAUUAUAACCAGACCACCCCACCUCUCUACAACAUCCAGGACAUGAAGGUACCUACAGCCCUCUGGUCUGGUGGCCAUGACACCCUUGCCGACCCCAAGGACAUCAGUGUGCUCCUCACGCAGAUCCCCAACCUGGUGUUCCACCGCGACAUCCCGCACUGGGAGCACCUGGACUUUAUCUGGGGCUUGGAUGCUCCGCAGGAGAUGUAUGGCGACAUGAUCAAACUCAUGAGACAGAGUCUGUGAAGACCCAAAGUGUGGCGCCCUACUCUAUUUCAUGCAGAGGUGUAAAAGUUUGGCUUUAGAAAGUAGAAGUCCUACCACACAUUGGCUCCAGCCACUCACUAAACCAGCUGAUUCUAAUUGGCACAACUCGUCAGCCAGUGUUGUGGGAAGUGUUGGACGGGCCCCACUGGGUGGGGAAUAGAGACAUGGCAGGUGGGGCGUGAGGAAAUUAGUUUUUUUUUCUCAUUUUAAUAAUGCCUUUCUUUUUUGACAAGGAAGAUCAUAGAUUCAAAACAAAUAGCCACACACAAACAUAGGAGUCAUAAACAGACCGACAUAUUAAUUCAAAUAACAUCUGAUCCAGCAGAUCGAGACGGGAAAUGUAACAUAGAACCAAAACGCAAAAAAAAAACAUUUUGCCGGGUGGACAGAAAAAGUUUGAGAACCACUGAUAUAAGAUAAUUAGUGGAAACCAAUAUGACUUUUACUUUCUAAAGCUGGACUUUCACACCUCUGCUUUCAUGCCUCAUUAUUUUUUUGUUAGAUCCACUGUCAAGGUCAUUGGUUGCUAUACUGAGGGACUUUGAGUGUCGUUAAAUAGUAGUGUGUAACCUGACUCGUUUUUAUACUUUCUAUUUUACUUCAUUUUUGGAGUUUUAUAUACCUCAAUGUUGGAGCAUUUCUUGAUGAAGAGGAAUAUAGGAAGUUCAUUAAGCCAGGGAGAUUUUUUAUGAAGACUAUGAGUGAGAGUUUACCUGCUUCCCAAACAUGGCUCAUGUUGAAUGAUGUCUGUCCAGGUGGUAUUGCCUACAAGUUGAGCUGCUGUUUGUUUAUCGAGGACAUAUCUGAGCCAUCAUAUCCUGAAACUGGUGAAUGUGCAUUGGGAACUGUAAGUGUUAUGUCCUUUCGUCUGAGUUGUGGUGACAGCUGAAGGAAGAACUAUUCUUUUCCUCCUUCCUUUUUCUCUCAUACAUGAACUUUUCUCUUCCAAGAUAGCAUUACAUUAUGCUCUUUUGCACCUAAUAUAGCCAAUGACUACUUUUUUAAAAAUUAUUUCUUUUUAACCACUAGGCAUAAGUCUGUGCUUAAAACAUUGUUUUAAAAAAAAAAAAAAAAAACAAAGUCCAUUUCUAAAGAACGGUAAAGAUGUUAAGUGUGCUGACCUAAGGAUGCCUUACACUAUCAACAUUUUAUUAAAGUACUAGCAUUUAAUGCUGUCUUUUACUCAUGGAUUUAAUAAACAUUUCUGUCACUACAA